AAACAGAUCAGAGUUUUCGAGAAAGCGCGAGAAGGAGAGAGGGAGACGAAACGAUGUCGUAUCUUCUACCGCAUCUGCACUCCGGUUGGGCUGUAGAUCAGGCGAUUCUGGCCGAGGAAGAGCGUCUCGUCGUCAUACGUUUCGGCCAUGAUUGGGAUGAGACUUGUAUGCAGAUGGAUGAGGUGCUUGCAUCUGUCGCAGAGACGAUAAAGAACUUUGCGGUGAUAUACCUGGUGGACAUCACUGAGGUUCCGGACUUCAACACCAUGUACGAGCUCUACGAUCCUUCGACUGUCAUGUUCUUCUUCAGGAACAAGCACAUUAUGAUCGAUCUUGGGACUGGUAACAACAACAAGAUCAACUGGGCUAUGAAGGACAAGCAGGAGUUCAUCGAUAUCAUUGAAACCGUCUUCCGUGGUGCAAGGAAAGGUCGUGGUCUGGUGAUUGCUCCUAAAGAUUACUCCACCAAAUACCGCUACUAACCAACCGGGUCUUGCCACAACAUUUGAUCGAAACUCUUUAUGUCAUGAGUGAUUCUGAUCAUUUGAAAUAUAUAUCCUAUGAACUUGUGAUUUGUUAUUCCGGAUUUUGCUUGCUCUCUCUAUCGGCUGUUUGCCAUUUAUGUGUGUGUGUAAGUGCUUCAGACUUACUUCAGUGAAAUGAUGAUUACUUAGAAGCCAAA